AUGUCCGCGGCCGUGGUCGCCACGCUUCCCACUCUGCUGCUCCUGCUGGGCCUCGCUGCCGCUGAUUGUCCUUCUUCUACCUGGGUUCAAUUCCAAAGCAACUGCUAUAUUUUUCUUCAAAGAACAGUAAAAGUAGAAAACAUUGAGGAUGUAAGAAAUCAAUGUACAGACUAUGCUUCAGGAGCAGAUAUGAUUAGCAUACAUAAUGAAGAAGAAAAUGAAUUUAUCCUGGAGACUUUUAAAAAACUAUGGAAGGGCCAGGAUGAUAUUUUAUUAGGCAUGUUUUAUGACACCGAUGAUGAAAGCUUCAAAUGGUAUGACAAGUCUGAUAUGACAUUUAACAAGUGGAAAACCUCAGAGGAAGAUCAAGACCUAAUAGACACCUGUGCUUUUUUUCAAACCAAGUCUGGUAUAUGGAAAAAAGGAAAUUGUGAAGUUUCUUCAGUGGAGGGAGCCCUGUGUAAAGCAGCUGUUUCUUAUGAAAAGAAAUACUUACCAGAUAACCAUGUUUUAAUAACAGCAUUGGUGAUUGCCAGCACCACAAUCCUGACAAUUACGGGAGUGAUCGUUUGGUUCCUAUACAAAAGAAAUCUAACAUCUGGCCUUACAAAUACAGCUUACACAACAGCACCUCAACUUUCUUAUAAUGAUGACUGUGUUUUAGUAGAUGCAGAAGAAAAUGAAUAUGUUGCUUAAUUUCUUAAGUAUUAAGGUCCAGAGAUAUUGGGGGGGGGGCAGGGUACAUAUAUAUCUCUAAAGCAGUAUUUUGAACGGCAAUCCAAAUGUAAGCUUCUAAGACAUGAGAAAUAAGGUAUUUUUUAAAUUAUGAAACCAUUUCCCUAGAAGCUAAGAAAAUGUCUGCAUAUUGCCAGGUCUAUUAGAAACAUUAGGGAUUCCUAAGGAGUAAAAAAAUAUAAAGCUUCAAAAUAAAGGUAUAGGUUAGAAUUAGAAGAAGCGUUAGAAAUCUCAUCCAAAACCCUCAUUUUUCAAUUGAGGAAAAUUAAAACAGUUGAAGUGAUUUGGCCAAACUCUCAAA